AGCGCCUGUUUACAUUCGCGAUAGAGUCUCAAAAAAAUCAAUUAGAUCAUCGCAAAUUGGAGUCACCGAAUCGGUCGCUCCAACAAUGGAAGCCCUCAAUACGUACUACAGCAAAGACGAAUACGUGGAGACAGCUUCCGGAAACAAGGUCAGCCGACAGACAAUUUUGUGCGGGUCGCAAAACAUCGUUCUACACGGCAAGGUGAUUGUGCAAAGUGGUGCUAUAAUUCGCGGCGAUUUAGCAGCCGUACGCACGGGACGCUACUGCGUCAUCUCCAAGGGAUCUGUAGUUCGGCCACCGUACAAACAAUUCAGCAAGGGUGUUGCCUUCUUUCCGCUGCAGAUUGGAGAUCAUGUGUUUAUCGGCGAAGGAGCCGUAGUCUCUGCAGCUUCGAUCGGGUCGUAUGUCUACAUUGGGAAGAAUGCUGUGAUUGGACGCCGUUGCGUGCUGAAAGACAACUGCAUCAUCGAGGACGGUGCAAUUGUUCCCCCGGAAACCACGAUUGCUAGUUACAUGCGUUACACUGCUGACGGCCGGAUCGAGGGUGGCCAGGGAAACCCAGAUUUUGUGCCCCACGCAAUGUUGGAUCUGAUGAUCGAGUUUACCAAGUCCUACUACGAUCAUUUCGUUCCGACGAGCAACUGACGGCACCGCGAACUCUCGGUUCGUUCGAGAGUCCAACGAGUGUAGACAACUGUUCAUGUGCUUCAUAAUUUCCUCCCAUGUCGCGACUAUUCUCAUCGUCUGAUAAUCGAUAACCGUAGCCUAUAAGAAUGUAUUUAUUUAAUGGAAAGACAAAUACACCAGGGAUCGCU